GUUGCAGAGACGCGGCAGUGUUACGGCAUCGUAACCCUCAACCACAAUGGCUAUCACUCGCUCUGUAACAAGUAGCCCGGUCAAGAAAUCCGCGACGAAAGAGUCGAACGACGAGAGCAGGCACUCAAGGGAGCCUUUGAAGCAUUUUAUCCUUCCUAAAGAUACUUCUGAUCGCGCGCGAUUUGUGUUACUACGGCACCCACGGGACUCGAGUGUACAACGAUUUCUCUUCUGCUCUGAAAAUGGCCUUUUCCACUUUACGAAGAUCAACACACCUUCACCGGACCCGCGAAGUCUGCUCUUCGAAGGUCCGGCAUCAAGAGACACGAAUGGUGGAGAAACUGGGUCGAAAGACCGACAGCUGACGUUCGAGGAUGGGUACAUUAGCAAGAGUGCGGAGAUGUUCGUGGCGACGCCUUUUGAUAUGGCUUUCCUACUCAUCCCCUUUGUCAUACCAGCAAAAGCGCAAACCGCCAAGAUGCUCUUUCAGCCACUUGACGACAUUCUUGAACAACACAUCGAGAACGAUAGGCACCUACGAUACAUCCUGGAGAACGGCCGAAACGUUGUCGAAGAAGCCAUGUCCAGAUUUUGUGACACGAUUGAGGCCGGCGACGAGCAGAUGUACAGGCCCAAUGAAGAGAAGACUUUAAAAAUGAUCAUGGAAAAGGUCAACGCCGUCAUCGAAAAAGGACUGCCUGCGAGCUUGGAAGAGAAAUUUGUGACAAGGGCUCUUGAGGCUCCGGUAUUGAGUGUGAAGAGAGAAGAGACGAUUAUCUCGACUAAGUCAGAAUCUGCAUCAUUUGAUGACACUGACUCCAUCUCCGAGAACCUCGAUUCGCAGUCAACUACGGCGAGCUCUGCGCCGUCAGCAGUCUUUUCGGAAGUAUCCGUCGCCAGCUCGUUGAGCACUAUGGCCCCGGAUACGGUAUCGCAGACGUUGCUCGACCUUCGUAAGCAAAGCAUUAUCCUUGACUUCAUUCUGGCCUCCAAUGUACCAGAAGCUAUUGCACAACGACUGCAAGCUCGAUUUGCUGGUAAGGAUUCGCCCAUCGACUUCUCGCCGCUUGAAGAGCACAUGAGAUCGCUUGCUGUUCUCAGAGCCGAAGCAAUGGCAUCAAGAUCGAUUGGCGAUUUUAGCCGAAAGCGAGGCCUGGAGGACGACGAAGCAGCAGAGCUGAGGGCCGAGAAGAAACAGAAGCAAGAAGAAGAGCAGCGGAAGACGAAGGUGGGCGAGUCCAGGGGCGUAAGAGACUUGAAGAAGGUCAAUGUCUCUGGUAUGAAGAAAAUGUCCGAUUUCUUCACCAAGAAACCUGUUGCGAAAGCAAAGGGUUGAAGGGGAUAUUAGCGGGUGGACACGGCUGUUAACAAGUGUCAAUCCAGAUCGAAUCCCCGCUCAAUCGAUUUCCAACAGGAGGAAGACACGAGAAUGAAUGAAUGAGAUAUGAUGCGCAUGACAUGCCAACAACGUUCCAGCACGUGGUGGAUAUCUAAGUGCGAUUGAUAACGCUUGUCAAGAUGGUAGCCAUGUCUGGCUCGGUCUCUGUCCUUCGAAGGAUGUCCUUCAGGUGCUCAAUGGACUGGGGAAUACGAGUUCAGUUCUGGUACUCUACAGAUUGGUGGCAGAAGAGGUCACCGCAAAGCACAGGUCUUCAGCGCUAGCGGAUCGAACUUGAUGCGAGGACAAACAUGAAGAGGCAACGCAGCGCGCAUCGAGACAGCGAUUACGCGGACGUUUCUCAUACGGCUGUCGGGUUCGGACUCAGCUUGAAGAGGGUGUCCGCUUCCAAGGAUAACAGGCAGCCUGUGGAGUCCAGGGUAUACUUGCUCCAGGCGGCCGGAGCAGGGCGGCAUCGGCAAAGCACGCCCAACACAGUAGCUGGGAUGCCUCAACCACAGGGUAGGUCAGGUAAUUGUGAUAACAUUACAAACACUGAAUGGAUC